UAAGAACUACGUCUCCCGGCAUGCUCUGCUGCCUGCGCGCAAUCGUUCGCGGGGGAUUCCCCGGUGGCUGAGCGCGGCCCGUCCGUGCGUCGGUCCGCGGGAGCCUCCUGAGGCGGCGGCGGGAGGAGGAGGAGUUGGGGGGGCGGCGGCCGGGCGGGCCCUCCCUCCCAUGGCCUUGCUGAGCCCGGAGGCCGCGAUGGCCUCGCUGGAAGGGCCGGGCGCCCCGGGCAGGCCUAGCGAGCCCAAGCGCCUCGACUCGGCGGGCGACGACUGGUGCGACAGCGGGCUGGGGUCGCUGAGCGAGAGCCAGCUGCGCCAGCUGCGAGGGGAGGGCCUGGCCGAGGCCGAGGGCGAGGCGGAGCGCUGGGGCCCGGCGGCCCCCCCUCAGCCCAAGGACGGCGGCGGCGGCGGCGGCGCGGAGCGGCUGGACUCGGCCCUGGGGGGCGACGAGGACGUGGGGGGCCUGGCGGAGGGCGUGGGCGCCGUGCGGCUGGAGGGCGAGGGCGCCGCCGUGGCCCCCGAGGCCUGGCUGCACCACGUCCUGGGCUUCGUGACCGAGGACGGCGACACAGCUCUCCACCUUGCUGUCAUCCAUGAACACGAGGCCUUUCUGGACUCCAUCUUGCAGUACACUGAAGGGACAGAUUACCUGGAUAUUCAGAAUGACCUUGGACAGACAGCGCUCCAUAUCGCAGUCAUCCUCGAUGCGUCGGAUUUUGUUGGCAAAUUAGUGUCUGCUGGAGCAGGACUGUCCCUGCAGGAAAAGAGCGGACACACAGCUCUGCACUUGGCGUGUCGCGAAGGGCGGCGGGAAUGUGCGCAGCGCCUUCUGGCCCCUCCUGUGUCACAGAGGCCCUGCCAUGGGAACGGCUUCAGGGUCCAGCUAGACUGCACCAAUUACGAUGGUUACACACCCCUCCAUGUUGCCGUCUUGCGGAAAGAUUUGGAAAUGGUCAGUCUCUUGAUCGCAGGAGGAGCUGAUCUCAACAAACCGGAGCUGAGCUGUGGCCGGAGUCCCCUUCACCUGGCAGUGGAGUCGCAGAAUCCACAGGUGGUAGAGUACCUGCUGCGGGCUGGAGCUGACCCGGAGGCCCGCAUGUACGUUGGCUACACUCCCAUGUACAGCGCUGUGCACCGGCCCGACCAAAAAAUCCCACAGCUGUUGCGAGAGUUUGGGUCCGAGGAGCCUGACUGGGAAUCGGACGAGAGCCUGGAAAGUAACAGUGAGGAGGAAUACGACGACAUCAUUAUCAACAGUGGGCGUUAGAAGGCCGUCAGAGAGAGCAUCUUCGUCACCUGCAGCGCGAUCCAUUCCACAACGCAGCAUUCAAUCCGCGACGGCCAGCUGUGAUUUCUGUAGCAAUUGUAUCUUCACUGUGAGCUAGCUGCGACUUAUUUAUAGGGGGCGGGAGGGGGGAGCUACGCUGGGGAGCAGUUCCCAUGAACCGCAUUUCCGACUGGAUUUCUCACUCAUUUUUUUUUGUUCUUGUCGUUUUAAAGGAUUUCUGUUAGUUGCUGUCCAAAAACUGUCAGGGCGGGGGAGGGCCACUAUCACUGCCUUUGUGUUUUUGAUAAAUUCCCAGCAAGCAUCUAUUUCCCGUCCUCUCGCUUUCCAUCCUCUUGAGAAGCCGGAAGAAUCCAAGUCGUGUCUUGCCCCCUGCUGGGAUCAAAGCAGAAGCUGGAGGCGGGAGCCAGUUCCAAGCCCAGUGUCUGGUUUUUUUGCCCCACUGGGUUUUAUCCGCAAGAACUUCACUGUGAGUUUGUGGCCCGGCAAAAGGUGUGAUCGCCCUUGUGGUGCGGACGCUGCAGGGGUCACAAUCUCUCUUUCCCCGAUGCGAUUGCUUCCGAUCUUUGCAGGCCAGACCCUGCUGUUUGAAUCGCUUCUUUCCUGUGUUGAUACUUUCAAGGCUUGCUAGAAACCCCCCUCCCCCUUUCAAGAUUGGACUGGGAACAAGAGAGCUCAAAGCAGCGGGGUGGACGGGGGUGGGUGGGUGGCAGAUAGCGACCUGGGGCCCCCCUCUGCUUGGCCUGACGAGGGCCUCUGGACAGGGGGCGGAGAUGCCUCUCUGCCACAGCUGAUGGAAGAGGGGGCAUUUUUUGUCCUUCUUCAAAACAAAUCCCUGCUGUGCCCAUUGUGCUCAAAAGCAACUGUGGUGGGAAAGGGGGCUGUUGCCAGCUGUGUGGAUGCACAGAUCCCUGGUCCUUCUAUUUCAGGGGUCUGCAACCUGCGGCUCUCUAGAUGUUCAUGGACUACAAUUCCCAUCAGCCCCUGCCCCCUCCCAGCUGACAGGGGCUGAUGGGAUUUGUAGUCCAUGAACAUCUGGAGAGCCGCAGGUUGCAGACCCCUGUUCUAUUUCCUUCUAAGUCCAGCCUCAAGUCACUCUCCACCUUCCUUCCUUGCAGUCCACGCUAAUAUCCCCCACCCCUGAUCUGUUCCCUUUCAGUAGUGGAGUUCCUCCUUGUUCCUCCUUCCCACAUUCGUGUGGCUUGGGAAGGUCAGGGUUGUGUUGUGUGUCUAUCUUUGGUUCAUUCACAACUACGGGAUAUCCUCCUAUCCUCACUGUCAGUAACCCACGAGGGCCUCUUUGUGGGUGACCAUGUGGAACAUGGGCUGGUUUGAGUGGGGUUCCUUUCUGCUUGAUGAACUGAGUUCAUCCUUUGGAUGCUGACAAGUAAAACAGCCACCUGAGGGCUACGAACCCUCCAGGGAUGGGCAGGCGCUGGGCCCAAUUCAGUCGUUUGGGUGCCAUGUUGGAUUUGGUGACAGGGCUUCCAUUUCCUUCGAACCACAGGGGGCUCCAGACAUCAAACAGAUGUGGUUUCCCCUGCCUCUUCAUCUCCCACCGCCCACCACAAUUUCUAAAGAGAACUGAAAGCGUGGCCCAGAGAGGUCACGUCUCCUUCCUGUUGCUUUUAUUUCUUUAUUUUAUUUCUUCCUGGGAACUCAAAGGGUAUUUUAUUUCUUCCUGGGAACUCAAAGGGUAUUUUAUUUCUUCCUGGGAACUCAUAAGGGUAUUUUAUUUCUUCCUGGGAACUCAUAAGGGUAUUUUAUUUCUUCCUGGGAACUCACAAAGGGGGUGUCAGCCCCUGGAAGCUGGAAAAUUGGCAGCAUAAAGCAGAGAGUCUCCAAACCCUGCAGCACCUCCUAAGAGUCCCCAAAAGUCAGCUUCGAUCUUUGUUGUUCAUGAAUUAGUGGCGGGCAAUGCCACCCCACCCCCCCUUCCUAGGCCUUGACUUCGUAGACUGCAGGAGAACGGGGCAGCUGAACAUCCUUUUGCCACCUGGGGGGGCUUUCUCAACAUUCAGUUAAUAGCCAGUUUGGCACCUCCACCUUCUCUGUCUCAUUAAUGCGAAGCCACAGGGCUCCGGACACUGUGUGUUGCUUUCUCAAUGGGCUCUGCCAAGCUGUCCGCUCCCCACCCCCAGAGAAUGACGGUGUCUCUGAAUUCUGCACACGCAAAGCCGGCAAGGAGGAUGCUGGGCCAUCAUGUGAAAGGGACGGAACUGGGCGCCUUUUUGAGUCUCCCACGAUCAUCUGGCAGCAGGACGGUCCUUGUGCUGGGAGAGGAAGAACUCAGUGAGAUGCAGAAGGGAAGGAGGGAGGCUCUGAGCAUCCUUGAAGGCCCCGUGGACUGACAGCCCCGUUCGUCCCAGCAAGGCGCUGCGCUCAGCCCCUGCCCACUGCUGGGCGGAUACUGACGGGAGCUGCCGGCCGCCCUUGGCAGGCUCUGGGGCUCACCUGUGUGCUGUGGAGGUCCUCGUUAAAAACUUUCCAUCGGUAACUUCAGCAGAGAAGAGGGAACCGGACCACGUCGCAUUUGGGCUCUUGAAUUCCUCCCCAGCGUCGUCCCUCUUUUGGCGUUUGGAUGCUCCCAAGUGUCCUGUUGGUUUGAUGAUGUCUGUGAUUCGGUUCCGUCUCCUCCUCUCCCCCUCCCCCACCCCCUGCUCUGCCUCCACAUGUUGGUUGUAUAUGAUGUAGGUCUCAGAUUGGAUUAGAUUAAAAGCUGUGGAUUUCUGGCAAUGCCAGCACCUUACAUUAUUGUAUCAGCACUAUUGAUUUUAUGCUUUGAGGCAGGCAUGUAGGCUUGGAGUGGAGCAGGAAUUCAGGAGGCUCCAAAAAAGUCCAGCUGUAGGGGCAGAAAACAGGCUAACGCCGUGAUCAGCACUUUUGGUUAUACCCGGGGGCGGGGGGCGGGGGUGGGGAGAUGUUUAGAGGUGGGCAUGGCAGACCAGAGACCUUGUCAACCAUUAAAAGUCGGCUAACCUGUUCUCAAUGCUCAAAUCAAUAUAAAAUCCUCCCAACGAUUUUAAUAUACAAUACUUAAUGCUCCAACAAUAAAGAUACUUUAUAGAA